AUGUUUUCCUUCCUCCAAACCAACGAGAUGAGAUCUCAACAAAUUGCUCAGCUCACCGAAAUCUUGGUCGACGCUUGUCUGAAUCAGACGGAUGAACAAAACUCGUUGGCCAAGGAGCUGGAUCAAUUGCUGUCGAAGAAUGCCAUGACAAAUCAACAGACUUUUGAGUGGGUUUUUGCGAUUUUUGGAUGUUUUGCGUAUAAAAUGUCACCUUGGCUAAAAUGGGCGGAGAAAGUUGGAAUGUGAGGUUGCAUGGGGAGUAGAAAUUUGUAGAGGCCAUUCUAAAAGUGGUUUUUGAAUUUUUUGGAAAAAUUCUGUCAUGAUGACGGAUUUUUUAGAAAUAUUUUUUUUGCAAAAUAUUUUUUUUUUUGAUGCAAGGAAUGUUCUUGAUUUUAUUUUUGAAUCCUUUUAAAAUAGUUUUAAUCAGUAAAAUAUGUCAUGAUGACGGAUUUUACAAAAAAAUUCUAACAAAAUCACCUAAAACAAUAUUUUUUUCAGUUUCCUGUCCUCUCCCAAGUCCAAGCCCCGCAAAACCCAAAAGAAAAUCCCAUGCAAGUCCGACAGUCGCCUCAGGCAUAAUUCGGUUGGAACCCUCCAACCGCCAACUCCAGUCUCAAAAGCAAAAGUCAUCAAGAAAGCGAAGAAACCGACUGUUCCCUCGUCCCCAAAACGACGCCUAUCAACCACGGAAGAGCCCCAAUAUUACGCGGAGACAUUCAGCGCCCCCGCCAGCCCAAUGACCUCAAAUUUGGGCCUGAAUAUGGGAGGAUUGCUCACGGAAAAUUUGGUGAACAUCCCCUCGACUUCUUCGACGACUCCGAAAAAACUGCUUGAAAUGGUGGAGGAAAAGAAGGCUGACAAAGUUUCGCAACUUUUGAAGGCUAUUGAGGUGGGUUUUGUUUGUUAAUUUUUAUAUUUUUUUUAAUUCUGGGAUUUUUAGAAAAAAUUAAAAAAAUUUUUUUUUCGAUUUUCGUCUUCAAAUUUGGUAUGGAUAUACUGUAUUGGCUAUAUUUUAAUCCCUGAAAAUUUUAGGUUUUGAUUUUGACUCACAUCGGAGAUAUUCGAUAUGAAAUUUUUGUAUUUUUGACCCGGAAAUCUCAUGAUUAAUAUAUUUUUUUAGUUGUCAUCCGAUGACUUCACCGUCAUGGUCCUUUGUCGAAUCUUAGAAGGUUAUGUUACCGUGGGAUCGAAGCCACGUAAGUCUCCAAAAUCCCCUUGAAAAUUUCAAAAAUUUGAUUUUUAGUCCGCCAACGCCGUCUCCGCCAGAUGGUCCGGCUCGAUGCGGCUUCGCAUCUCUUCCGCUCCAUCAAAUCGAAUUGCCAUAUCCCAGAGCCAACCCCAUUCAAGGUCAUCGCCAAUGAUCAGUUGAUCACCACCGCCGUAAGGGUCUGCGCGAAAGAUACGAAGUUUUUGCUGAAGAUUCGGCUGAGUGGCCUCCUAAAUGAUUUGUGCUCGAGAAUCCUGGAGAUUGAGCGGAUUUUCUGCACGAUUGCACUGCUCAGAUUUACCUGCAGAGCGAUGAAAUCACGUAAGUUGGGUUGGAGGGGAUUUUGA